AUGUCUUCGACCUCGCCACCCUCUAGCUCGUCCUCAUCGGCGACCCCCUCUGCAAGUAACCCAUCUUCUAGUUCCACCGAUGGCUCUCAGUCGCCAGCUUCGAGCUCCCUCUAUCUAUUUACGUUCUUAACGACCUUGCUCCUCUUGUUAGCUGUCUCCUGUGGUAUUGUCUUGAGAUCCUUUAUCCUUCGGCGGCGCUUCCGCCGGCGAGUGGAGGCGGCAAUCGCUGCUGGUGUCCUUCUCCCAGAGCAAGUAGACGCCCUGCGGAGAAGAGCACCUGUAAUUGGUGAAAAACCAAAAUUGCAUGAAGUUCGUAUUGAUGGAGGGUAUAAAGAAGACUACGAGCCCUCCUCGUCCGCGACGCGCGACGAGGAUUGGUCUAACAUCAUGCCCGUCUCUGCCGCGAUUAUCCCUGGUAAUAAAUCACAAAGCAGGCCUAACAAUCCAGUUCCCCUUGUUGAUCCUCGGGCUACGGCAGCUAGUCCGCGUAAUACCAGAAGCAGAUUUAGGUGGUUCAGGCAUUCUGCUUCACAUUCUCCCUCAAUACUCCCCAUGACUGCUCCACCCCCUCCUGCGUCGUCAAUACCCAUGGCAGAUGGGACUCUCACUCCUCCCGCCCAACCAACCCCAGCACAACCCUCCAGUGACGACGUACUUCAGUUGACGGUGCUUAUCGCUAUGCCGAAUGUGAAUGUCCGUGCUCGAAGGAGAGAAAGUUCACAUUCAAAGGGCAAAGAAGCAAGUAAUGAUGAAGAGGAAGAAAUUCCCGAAGUUGUCUUUGGUACAACUGAAGUUAGAUGGAAUGCUGGUGCUGAUUGGAAGCCUGACUUACCCGAUGGGCCAUCAGAACCCAAAUCAGAAGAAAGCGCGGUCCAUCUCAAUGAUAGCUAA